AUGAUCCCUCCCCUUCCACUCGAAAUUCAGCAGAAGAUAUUGUCUCUGGCUACUCGCUCCAAAUGUGCCGCUGCAACCGCCCUGAGGGUGUCCCGCACGACGCAUCCGUGGAUGGAAAGGUUGGUGUAUAAAAAGAUUGUUCUCGAUGGCGAAGACGAAACUAGGGAAUUUCUGGAAUGUCUUCGCCUGCGUCCCAUGCACAUCGGCUUUGCCCAAAACUCCAUCACAUCCCUGUAUCUCCGCGGUGCGCUAAAUGAAUCGACUUUGAUCCAAAUUCUCUCGCUCUGCAAUGGUCUCACAUGCCUGGUCCUAUUCGUUCGUACAGAUGCAUUCAUGAACGACGCAUCAUCGCUGCGGCGUGCACUGGAUGCUCUCCAACUCAAAUCAUUAACUCUUGCCAUGGCCAUCGACUUCACAAACUCAAUUAACACCUUCGAUGUUUUCAAAAACCUUACCCAUCUCGAAAUCGUCGAUCGAUUGGUGCUCAAGAAGCCACAUGCAGGCUUAGAGGCUCUUCACUCGUUAACGCACAUCUGUCUGGUGCUCGCACCUCCCAGUUGUAAUCCAGUGACGGUCAUGCGUCUUAUUGGCAAUGCACGCCUUCGAGUGCUGGCGUUUCGCGUGGAACAUUCACACCACGAGAUAGAACGCUUCCUUCAAAAGCAUAAAAUACUUGAUCGACGAAUCGUGCUACUGCCAAGCCUGAUGGUAAUGUGGGAUGAGUUGGGGCGUGGCGACAUGUUAGUUUGGGAAUUAGCGGAGGAAAAGGUUAGGCUGCCGAUACCUCAGAAUAGUGGGUCUUUCAUCGCAAGUUUCGGCAAUGGCUCGUCCUAA